GUUCAUAGUUGUCAUCAAAGACAGAGAGAGUAUAUAAGAGAGGGUCCGACGACUAUAUCGUAUCAUUUGGUGCUUACACUCGACUUCAGCCACUUUUUUAACAACUUUUUUUUAACGUCUUCUUAAAUUUUUUAAAGUUGUUUUUUCUCAUUAUUGCAUUGAUUACUGCAAAUAAAGUCUGAAAAAGAUGUCAAAUACUUCAGGUGUUAUUAAAAUGGAGGCGUUCUCUCGAUUCUCAUCGCUACCACUCGUCAACUCUGCCAUCGGUUUGGCCACAGAUGGAUAUUCGCGUUUCAAGGGUUACAAUCGGCUGUUGUCGGCCACCCUUUCCCGAGCCGAACAGUCUUUACUAUUUAUGGCCUCCACAGCAAAGCCUGUCAUCCAAAAGCUGGAAAAGCAAAUCUCAAUCGCUGAUAACAUCGCCUGUCAGGGAUUGGAUAAACUUGAAGAAAAAGUUCCGGCGCUUAAAAAGUCCACCGAAGAGAUAAGGGACGAAACAAAGAAAUUAUUUGAUGGAAGCGUUGAGCGCAUUGGAGGGAUGCGAAAGUACAGCACCGAUACCUUACAUGUUAUCAAAGACUAUGGCUUUACUAAAGUGAACGGAAUUCUGGACUCUCCAUACAUACGUGUCUUAACCAAAUCUAUUGACACCGCCAUCGACUUGACCCACAACGCCGUCGACCACUACUUGCCCGCCGCCGCCAACGAGAAACCGGCCGAUAAAUCUGAGGGCCAGACACUAGUGGUUCGCAUGUCUACGUUGUCGGACAAAUUGAGACACAGAAUGUACGACCAGUUGACCACCAAAUGGAUACCUAAUGUCUUGAUUACCGCAAAUUCCCUGAAGUCUAAUCUUCUCAAUUGGGUUAACCAUAAUCGGGGCCCAGAGUCGGCGUCCGCCCAAUGAAUGUGACCAUCGAUUCAUUAUUUUCUAUACAAAUUAUACACUACUUUCUCUUUUUUCCUAAUUAUUC